AUGCCAGUUUACCUCUGUCAGUCAGGUUCUGGCUACAGUGAGCCCUGGCGCCAUGGAAUUCAAGUGUACGCAGCUCCAUUUCCCAUUAACCUGAGCGCAUCAACAACUAGUGGAGGAGGACGCGACUCUUUCGCGCACUCGGCUGCAGGCACCAACGGUCCCCAAUGGAGUGCACAACAACAACAACAACAGAACCAGAAUGCCUCCGAGUCUUCAAAUCCCAGAGUUUCCUUGACACAAAGCCUGACAGAACAACGCCUUGCUGGAAUGCCGAUUCGUCGUGUCCGUCACGCCGAGAUUGUGCUGGUAGACGAUGUCUGCGUUGCAUUCGGCCGCUACUGGCUUCGCUUGCGCUGGCCAGGGCAACGGGAAGGCUUUGCAGGAUACAUUGCCAUGGGACUGGUGGAGAGUACAUCAGCUCCCAAGCCAAAAGAAAUUACAUUCUCAUCCCAAACCGGAAAUGAACCCAGUGGACCAGGUACCACAACUGAGAAUAAUCUGGACGACGAAACCGACAACAAUUACCUGGUUCUUCAAUCAUGCGAGUCGAAAGAAGAGCGUUUUGGCACUGCUGAGGAAGCGGACCUGGAUGACCCAACGCGUGAUGAUGAACCACAGGAUGCUGGCAGCACGCCCUCGGCAGAACCGUUUGAAGGAUCCUCGAAGUUAAAUUGUCUACGAACAGGCCUCGUUUUCCCCUCUUCCAAAGCAAUGAAACUUAUGGCGGCGUAUGACGACGGAAUAAAUCCAACCGUGUCGUCGGCUCCAUUACCAACCGAACCGGUGUUUUGUAGGAUUUGUCGGGAAGGAUUACACGACGAGGAUGAACAACAGCCUUCCGGUGCUGCAGAUGAUGACGGAAACGAAAAUGCGGGCACAACGCAACGAAUGGAUAGCUUAAAUACCGACGAUGAGGGCGUACUGGAUGGACCGGGCGAUCCUGCGGCCGACGAACCUGUAGCGGUUGAGCCCCCGCUCAUGCAAUUCCCCAAAGGACCCGUUAUGCCACACCCAACAUAUCACCCAAAUGCGGCCGCUGCGGAUAAUCCAUUGCUCGCUCCUUGUGAGUGUUCCGGCUCGAUGGCAUUUGUGCACUACUUAUGCGUGGAGCAGUGGAGGUGCCGAUCUCGUCAUCCCGAAGCGCACCAAGGAUUAAACUGCGAAACUUGCGGAGGAGCAUACUCACUACCGCCACCAUCUGCUCGCCACGCCAAUGUGCCGCCAGUGGAAGAAGACUGGCUGGACGCAAUGCCUCCACAUGUCAUGCAAGCCCUACGACAACCUCACCUUGGCUGGCAAAUCGGCGCUUCCAUUGUUCGACGUCGAUGGCUGCGACCAGUAGCUCCCGUAAUCAUGUCACCGCUCGUGGCACUCUACUGCAGAGCACGUAGAAUGCUGAAAAAGCGUGGGGUUGCCCGUCGCAGGUGGGCGUGCAGCUUGUGCCGCAGAAGGGCUCGCUGGAAGUGUGUGCGUUGCUUGCGAAGCUACUACUGCUCACGACAAUGCCAAAACGUUUCAUGGCACAUUGUCCACAAGCACGUGUGCUACAAACCGGCUCGAUUCUGGUGGUCAGUUGUUGUCUACGGCAUUGCCACUGUGGCUGCUUUCCCUGGUAUCCUCAGGGACCCUCUUAUGUACGAUUUGGGACUUUGCACGAUUCCCGUUUCCUUCAUGGUUAUGGCUGUCCUCGGCGGUGGACUGGCAACACUGCUGAAAAAGACUGUAGGUGUGGAUCUUCGUGGACGCAUGUUCGAACUGGCCAUUGUUCUUUUCACUCUGUGGUUGGUAAUCAUUUCUUGGGGCAUUGUUCGAGGAUUCUUCGGGCAACCCAAAGAGUGCUACGGUGCGAUGGGAACCAAGGACAUUUCCAUGAACGAUUUGCCGCGCUACACACUUCUCAACUUUGCCAGGAAAGCCAUUCUCAAACCUGGACAAGUGUACUAUUUGCUCUGGGAUGGAUUGGCGUACGGCUUGGGUAGUUGGAGUAGUUGGAUCCGAAAACCUCUGUGCACCGAGCAGUUUCACUAUAAUGAGACCACAAUCGAGGGCAUUUGCUUCGAGCACUUGCCGCACGUGAACGCCGACUUCUUUUUGGCGGAGGCCGGAGGACAACGAUGUGCUUCUGAUCUCCUUUUGGUGCUUUGGUUGUACGUGGCAGCCGGCUUUGCUCUUGUUGGAAGCACGUUGUGGAAACGGAGAGAACGCCAACGCCGUCUUGCAGCCCGCAGACCGCAUGCUCAUCAAGACUAG